AUGGAAGACAUCGGCGUCAAAGCACCCACCGACCACGUCGAAAGCAAGGUUAACGUCGGCGACUUGAAGAACGACAGAGCCAACAAAAUUCUUAGCGAAGCAGCAGGGCAACGCAUCGUCCUCACGCCAGAAAACAACUCGAGAGUUCUUAAAAAGAUCGAUCUAUACAUCCUCCCCGUGGUGCUUGGGAUCUAUUUCUUGCAGGCCUUGGACAAGGCUACAUUGGCCUAUUCCUCAGUGUUUGGUCUGGUGGAAGACACCAAUCUCGUCGGACAUGAAUACUCCUGGCUCGGGGCCGUCGUCUACCUUGCGCAGCUGGUGGCGCAGCCAUUGAUUGCCUAUGCGCUGGUCAAGUUGCCGCUGGGGAAAUUCCUCGCCGUGAUCGUCCUGCUUUGGGGUGUUUCCCUGUCAGUCAUGCCGGCAGCGCACAACUUCACAGGCUUGCUAGUGUGCCGGUUGUUCCUUGGGCUGUUCGAGGCUGGCGUCGCUCCUGCUUUCAUCGCCCUCACCCAGAUGUGGUGGCGUCGACGAGAGCAGCCCGUCAGGCUCGGAGCCUGGUAUGCGAUGAACGGCAUCACCAACAUUGUUGGCUCCCUGUUGACAUAUGGAAUUGGCCACAUACACUCCAGUUCACUUAGACCCUAUCAGAUCAUCUUCUUAUUCUUUGGCUUGAUCACCGUGGUUUUCUCGGUCGUGGUUUGGUUUUUCCUCCCAGAUUCUCCCAUCACUGCGCAUUUCCUGAAAGGCGAAGACAAGCUGGUUGCCAUCGAGAGACUGAGGGCAAACAACCAGGGUGUCGAUGGUACCGAGUGGAAAUGGGCUCACGUCAAGGAAGCGACCCUCGACAUCAAGACUUGGCUCUGGGCGGCCAUGAUGUUUACCAUUUCUGUACCGAGCGGUGGCAUUUCGACCUUUGGCCCGCUGAUUGUGAAGAAUUUCGGGUUUGACCCGUUUGAAACGAUCCUUCUAAACAUGCCGUUUGGUGCCGUCCAGCUGAUCGCCACGAUGGGUGGUGCGUGGGCCGCUACGGCCCUGAAGCUGAAAUCUCCCGUGUUGGCAUUCCUCAGUCUCCCGCCGAUUGCGGGCUGUGUCAUGCUCUUACAUCUCCCGCGAGAUGCGUCGGCCAAGGCGCCGCUGUUGGUGGCGUAUUAUCUGAUAUCAGUCUAUCCCGGCAUCACGCCGUUGAUCUACUCGUGGUCUGCCGCAAACACCGCUGGAGAGACAAAGAAGAAGGUCACGACCGGCGCACUCUUCAUCGCACAAUGCGCCGGCAACGUGCUCGGUCCAAAUCUAUAUACCACGGGAGAAGCACCCCUCUACCACAGAGGAUUGUUGUCCAAUCUCGCCCUCUUUGUGGUGCUCAUCGGCCUCUACGCCGCCCAGGUCUUCUAUCUGAUUAUCCUCAACAAAAAGCAUGGAAGAACCCGGGAGAACAUGGGCAAGCGCGCGGUCUUGGUCGACAAAUCUAUGAACCGAGUCCAGGCCGCAGCAACGACGACGGAUGGCGCUGCUGAAGACCAGGACGAGGACAUGACGGGCCACCACGCAUUUGACGACAAGACCGACUGGGAGAACGAGGAUUUCAUCUUUGUGUACUAG